GGAGUUUGAGCUAAAGGUGUUUAGUGCCUUUGGCAUUAGAACAUUUGAACGUUCGUUGGCUGUUUUAGUCGUGAGCAUGGCUCUAGUCUGGAUUCUCAUUUUCGCGCUCUACAAAACGUAUUCAUCACAAUCUGUGGAUUUUGAUGAAACGGUCUCACUUGUCUCUGCUGAUCUCGGUCACGCUGUGAGUCUUCAGUGCACACUUGGAGAAAAGUCCAGAAAUAAUCUUAUACUUUGGUAUCAGCAAAAACUAGGAGGGAUUCCUCAGGCGAUCGGGAUGAUCGGAAUGUUGAUGGCUAAAAUAAUUUUACCACCAUUCAAAAAGACUGUGUUUCAACUAGGCAUAACUGAAAAUAACAUUUCUCUGAAUAUUCUACAUGUUACUAAAGAUGAUGAAGCGAUGUACUUCUGUGGAAUGGCUCGAGUGAAUGUUAUUGAGUUUUCUAGUGGAAUAUUUUUAUCUGUAAGAGAUAAAGCACAUCUGGACGUCUCAGUGUUCCAGAGCGGCGUGUCGGACUCGGUUCCUGCAGGAGCGUCAGUGACUCUGCAGUGUUCGGUUCUCUCUGAGAGCAGAUCAGCAGAACUCCAAGUGCUCUGGUUCAGAGCUGCUCCACCACAAUCCCAUCCUCAAAUCAUUUACACUCAUCACAACAGCAGCCAUCAGUGUGAGAGCGGCUCUUCUACACACACCUGUGUGUACAACUUCUCCAAGAACAUCCUCAGCCUCAGUGAUACUGGAACUUACUACUGCGCUGUGGCCGUGUGUGGGAAGAUCAUUUUUGGGAAUGGGACACGAGUACAGUUGGAAAAGUCUGCGAAUCCUUUCCUGAUCAUUCUGUCGACAUCUCUGGGAGUGUGUGGGAUUCUUAUCACUGCUCAAGCCAUUUUCAUUUGUAAAAGGACACAUUAUAAAUACCACAGUGGUCCUGAGAAAGAAAACGCAACUGAUCAGAGCUGUAAUGUGGAGUUGAAUUACGCUGCUUUGCAUUUCAAUAAGAAGAAAGCCAAAAGCGGGAGGAGGAAGAGCAAACAACCUCAAGACACUGUGUACUCUGAAGUGAGACGUUUCACGGUCACUGACUGAGGGGGUGUUUACAUGACGAUGUGCUAAAAAUGUAAAAGUUUUUCCCUUUGCGUCUUUAAAAAAAAAAAAGUUUCACGUACUGACGACAACGUUCACCUGGAUCCACGAAAACAACUAAAAACGCUGUAUUAUGCAUGCCAGGCCAGUAGUUGGCGAUGCCACUUUGUAAAGAAACACUAUGCACCUGCACACAUAAGCAUUCACGUCAACGUGAACGGCAUAUUGAUCCCGGCAAGGGUGCGCUAUAAACAAAUACAAGUAAACAGGGAAAGCUGUGGUUUUUCUGGAUAAAAAUACAUAAUACGUUUAGAUUUCUCAAACGAUUUCAAUGGUUUAUGAUCUAAGUGGAGAAGAACAAAGGUUCUGUCUCCAGUUACUUACAAUCUCGAUAGUUAGACUUUGAAAAUGAUUCAUUGUCAUAAGGAAUUGUGAAAACUCACGCUUGUCAAGCAUAGAUUCGGCUUAUUUUUCCUGGUUAAUAAAUGCUGAGACGUCCCUAAUGUAAUGUAAUGUGCAUGAAAUGCGCGUAAAGUUUUUUUUUCAUUGUGGAAAUGGAUUUUUCUGUCUUCAACCCCAUCUUUAAUCUUAUCUUGUGCUCCAGGUCAGAAUUCUGUUAACAAAGCUCGUUAAUUUUUAAAUACUGAGAAAAAAAAAUCUAAAUAUUGCAUCUUUAAGUACUAAUAAUUAACCAUCAUUGUACCAAAAUGGAACAAAAUCGGCAGUCAGUCUGCUUUCUAUAUGUUUAUUAGCAAUAAAAGGAUACAGAGUUACUCCAAAACAGACAAUUAUAAAGAGAAUGAUAAGAUUUUUAAGUACCCGGAGGAAACCCUGGCAGCACAGGGAGAACUUGCAUGCUCCGCACACACAGGGCCACGGUGGGAAUUGAACCCCUGACCCUGGAGGUUUGAGGCAAACAUGCUAAUGCACAUCGCUUUCCAUUCUCACAGUAUGGAUGUUGUUACAGGUGUGACCCCAGAUGGUGAUGUGGUAGGGUUUAUCGAGACAGAUGUCUUUCUGAAUGAUAAUUACGGUCACGUAGCUCGUUGUUCAGGGAUGGUUCUUGAUGUCCCACUGCCGCUCCCAUGCUAAAAUUGUGUGAAUGUCACUUUACGUGGUAUUAUACACAUAUUCCUAUGACUAAGAUACAUUAUCCCUUUGAUAAUUCUUCCUUUUUGGGGAAUAAGUUUAUCCUAACACAGUUCAGGGUGGAAUCUGCUGAGGGGAAGUCUGUAAUUUCUUACAGUAUCAUUUUUAAAAACUUGCACUUUGAAACCCGCUUUCAAAAGUUUGCGUUUUCAGGCCCCCAAACGCCGUUGUCAUGUAAACGAACAGCCAAACUGCAUGAAAAGUUUUCCGCUUUUAGUUGAGAAUAUUGUCAUGUAAUUGGCCCCUGACUCAGUUCUCUAGUAACUGCUAAUUCCUCGAUUUUUAAAAUUUGCUGGAAGUAUGUGGAAGAUCUUAUGCAUGUGCCAUAGAGCUAUGGUAACAUCUCUCCUGAAGGUUCGGGAUGGAGUAGAUAUUUAGAUAUCUGGGUCUUUGGCAGUACAAUGACACUAAACCUGCCAGUAUCAUGACUGACAUUUAUGAGAGACACAACUCUAAUCCUGUCUGGACAACAGAUAAUGUGAUGUUGAGGUGGAAAGAAUCUGUAUAUAAUCUGACCUACAGUGGGAUUAUCACACAGCUGUAAGAGUUAAACAAAAAAAGCAAACCCAUCAAAAAACACCCUACCAAUGUACAUUACCUGAAGUGUCUGAUAUAUUAAUUCAUCCAACCAAACCAGGGAAACCUGGAAGUACAACAAUUUACAGAUACAAAGAAUCACCAAAAUCUCAUAAGAAUUUUAAAUGCAGAGUUAUAUACCGAUUUUAUUUGAUCUUUUA